AAUCUCCCACUUUCUAAACACUCGAAAAAACAGCUAGCGUUUUUGUAACCGUAUUUUAUCUAACUGAAGCAAUACAGGUCGGCGAUUCCGUUCAUUUUGCUUGCCCAUUCGUCAAGUUGUGGAAAUUAUUUCACAGACCGCACGACUUGUUCACAACUAAAGACGAGUCCCGGAUUUCAACUAAGGAUGGCUUCUCGUGGGAAAUCAGAAACCAGCAAGCUGAAGCAGAACAUGGAGGAACAGCUCGACAGACUGAUGCAGCAGCUUCAGGACCUGGAGGAAUGCAGAGAAGAACUGGAAGAGGAAGAGUACGAGGAGACAAAGAAGGAAACGCUGGAGCAGCUGGGUGAAUUCAACGACUCCCUGAAGAAGAUCAUGAAAGGAGACAUGACACUUGUGGAUGAACUCGGUGGAAUGCAGCUGGCGAUCCAGGCCGCCAUCAGCCAAGCAUUCAAAACUCCGGAGGUGAUCCGGCUUUUUGCCAAGAAGCAGCCGGGACAACUGAGAACCAGACUAGCAGAGAUGGACCGAGACGUGAUGGUGGGGAAACUGUCGCGGGACGUGCACACGCAGCAGAAAAUGGAAAUCCUCACGGCCCUGAGAAAACUGGGAGAGAAGCUCACUGCAGAGGACGAGAGCUUUCUCGCUGAAAAUGCCACAGCCUCUCUGAGCCAGUUUGAAAAAGUGACCGCAAACCUCGGAUCUGAAGACAAAAUCCUGGCCUUGGCCAGCUCUGGUGUGAAAACCAAGGCAUAGCACUUCUACCAAACGUUAUUAUCAAGUCCGUCUUCGCUCUGACUGAGAAAAAUGUGCCAAUCAGUCAUAGGUCUGGUGAAUCAGUGCACUUUUAAGUGGAACUGGACAAGUAGACGCUAACACUUUUUAACAGUAUUGUUUUAUACACGUCAGACUUUUGUAAAUGUCUUUUAUUUGUCCAGCGAAGUGUAAAAUUGUAUUAUAGGUACGAGCGUGUUUUUUUAUUUUUUUUUCUUGACUAUGAAGACGCGUGCAUGAAUGUAGAACAGUGCAGGACGCUCAAGAGGAACGUGCUGCUGUGAUUUUUGUGCUGUGUUUCUGUUUUAAAAACUGAACAUUCAACAGUGAUGUUUUAAAAAAAAAAAUGCUGAUUUCCUGUGUGGGAAUCUGAAAACUCUGUGAAUGUUAAUCAUGUAGUGUUUUUUUUUUUCUAAACUGCGUGGCUUUGGACAAAAUAACAGGAACACAACAUGAAUGAGAAAUCUAAAGUAACUUGUGUUGCAUACUGUAAAGCUUCAGUGCUCCAGUUUGAAUACAAUACACAGACAUCUGGCUUGUAUACAGCCUCUGAUGAUAAAAUGUGUGUCUCUCCCGGACCCUAGCAUACCUGGAAAGAAAGCUUUACACCUCUUGUGAUUGGAGUUUAUAAAUUAUGUCAGGAUAGUCUCAAAACUGUUUUAAAAAACACAAAAAUGAUAAGAUACAACUUCACUAAUCCCCAAGGGGAAGUGUAGCAUAAGCAAAGGGUGCAGGCUGGAGUAAAAGCACUGCAAUGAGGACUGUGGACUUUGUAGUGCUAUAAGCAGGGUCAAGUGGCUCUAACUGAAAGUGAAGACUAGAUAUCAGUUUUUAUCUGAUAAACUACUGAAAUAUAACUGACUGCUUCUGCAACGCCCUUUAUCCUUCAUUCGCAUAUUGCCUGGUCAAGGCCAAAUACACCUACAGCGCCACCGUAAAAACAGAUAAGAUCCAGAAAUAUGUAGCAAAUCAGUAAAACAUGCAAAAAAAAAGAGAAUUACAUUUGUGACAGUGACAAGAUCUGAAGUGUUAACCACACACACCACAGUUACGUAAGAAGAAAUCUACUCUUAUUUGAGAUAAUACUCUUGAGGUGACAUCAUAACAAAGCAAACAGAUAUUUACUACAUAUUUAGAUGUUUAUUUUAUUGAUCCUCCACAGAGUCAUUCAUAAUCCACUAUUUCAAACUUUGUUACGAUCAUAUAAAGUUUUAAUAUUUAGAAUAUGAAGCAAAGCAUCAAAGUCCGUACUUUGAAUGGGUUAAAAAAAAAAGUGUUUUGUUGGUUUUAAUUACUUUUUGGGCUUUAAAGGAGUUUAUUUUACUUUCAACCACCAGAGGUCGCCAACGCUCAAUAUUUAACAGACUUCCAUUGGCAGCACCUGCCCUUGCCAGUUCAUUAGGUACAUUAGCAAAAACGAGUGCCUUCAAAUGUAACAGUCCUGUACUAAAUCUGAUCUCCACUGAGGUUGUAUUUGUUCCAAAUAACAGAGAGCAGCUAAUUCUACUGUUUUCAUGGUGAAGGCCAUGGUUUGUAUAGUACUAUUGACUUUUACUAUGCUGCACAUGCAACACGUUUCUAUCAAGGUUAGGUAAAAUGAUUAGCACUUUUCUGAUGCCGUUUCAUUAGGCAUCAGAAUUGGUUCUUUUCCUCUAGCGCACCUAAUGUUUUGGCAGUGUCUGAAUGAAAACAGCAGACAGAAGUUAUACCCCAUCUCAUCAUCCUUUAUUAUGUUUACGAGCAAGCAUCGACUUCACUACAAUUUGCCUCUCAAUUGGUAGAAAAGUGAGAGCAGCUCCAACAAGCACAAAGGAAGCAUCCGGCCGUCCUGGAAACAUCGCCAUCGUCCAUUUUUAAACAAAUUGUCAAAAGAAAAAGGAGAAAAAAAAAAAAAGAAAAAAGAGAUGAUAUCUGGAGUGUCAUGGAUGUGUGAAACAGACCGUCGGCAGCGUAUCACGACUCCUUUCUCACUCCAGGCUCACAACUCCACACGGAACGAAAACACAAAACUGGUGUUUCAUGCAAAAGUCAAUUCCCCCCCCCGAGAGUAGUGUUAUUACAAUAUGGCUGCGUUUCAGGUUGCUAGGCAGUGACAUUCAUUUCCUACCAACUGAGCUCAGGGGCUGAUCAGAAAGCAUAAACUGGAGAUGAUGGUGGAGUCACGGUGGAGACUGUGCGCACGUACCAGUGACCCAAACUGUACUGUUAAAACCUCUGACGAGAAGGGUGUUUGACGUAAUGAAACCGUGAGGAUUUCUGCUCUCGGCCGACAGGCUUAUUUAUACUCCGGUGAAUUUCAUGCUGCCCUCAAAAAUCACUUCUCGACAAGUCAGGCAAUAGGACACCGUUCAGAAUCACCUUCCACUAUACACAAAUAGGUCAGUUAACAGUAUACCCAUGUAUGCUGCCAAAGCGAUUUCAUAAUGUACUGUACAUCUUUUUAAAGGUGGAUUCCGUCAAUAUGAUUUAGUACGAUAUCUAUAGAAGAUACAAUAUGGAUCUACUUCCUCUACACAUCAACAAGGACACAUGACAUCUAUGUAAAAGGUUUUCACUUCUUUUUUUUUCUUUUUUUUUUAAUAAAACUAGCGGUGGACUAUCGUUACGACGAACUGAGAGAAAACGCAUCCCAAGCUAUGUAAGAAAUCUAGUAAAUUAAAAAAAAAAGAAAGAAACACAAAUAAAAGAACAUGGAUACGUUUGUUUUGUUUUUUGUUUGCUUUUUUUAGUUUUUUUUUUUUCUUGUUAGACCUGCUAAUUACGCUAUGAUCGGCAAAAGGCACUCCCAUCUCAGCCGGCUCAGACCUGGGCUCCAAGUCAUCAUGGAGGGGAGACUACAAUAGAUUUUCACCACAGAGGCGAGAAAAAAACAAAAAAAAAAAUACAAAUACAGCUCAAAUCCUCCCAAGAGACAAAAAAAGAAAAAGUGUCAAAUGUUUCUCAAUUCAAUUUUGGCCUCUGGAAAUAGAUUCACAUGCAACUCUUUUCUGAUCCUGAUAAUGCCACUUACUGCAGACCGCAAUGCCACAAAUCUGGUUUCACUUAAUGCUUAAGGUUUGGGAAAUGUACCCAAAAGAACGUAGGUACAUUUUACUUUAGUGAAAGAUACAUAUAUGUAUAUAUAUAUAUAUAUAUACACACACACACACACACAACAGUGUCUGAGUGGAGAUUAAGAGGCUGGACACAUUUAUUUCCCUCCCCCCCGCCAUCAACUGUAUAAGCUCUAUACCAACACCAGAAGGAAAAGAAGUUUACCAAAUGUAAACAAAUAUCAACUCUACAGUACAGUUCCAUGUACAAUAAAAUCUAGUGGUCUACUGCAAAAAAAUAUCUCAUUUUAAGAUUCAAACGAUUUUCAUUUUUUGCUUUCAAAGUGUUUUCCUGCCGCGCCGAUUCUUUCGAGGCGGGAAAACAGUUUAAAAACACAUCGGAUGAAGGUAUUAUUAUUAUUAUUAUUAUCAUCAUUAUUAUUUAAAGGUUAAACAGCCGUGGAAAAUAACCCGCAACAAAGAUAUCCUGAAAAGUACUUUCACUUCCCGACAACUAUUCGACCACCAGUCUCCGCUAAAGCUAAAGAAAAUACGCUCUUUCAGUAGUUUGAAAGUUUAUUUGUUUCCUUCCUACUUCGGCUUUUUCUUUUCUUCUUUCUUUCUCUCUCUUUUUUUUUUUUAAAGCUGCUGAGGAUAUCUCUCUGCUCGUCCAGAAAUAUUAAGUACCCACAUUUUUGAAGAUCAACAGCACGGCCUCCCCUCCCUCCCUCCCGUUUGUGAAGUUCAGCGCGACCAUGUCCAUUUGUACAUUUCUUCUUCUUCUUCAAAAAAAAAAAAAAAAAAAAAGAAAAGAAAGAAUCCCCUCUGUACAACAGUGAGAUCUACUGGGAAUGAAACACGUUUGACAGCAAGAGUAGAGCGUAAAAGCAUGAACGAAACCGUCGACCAGUCCUGCCUAGGAGAAAGCUGAGAAAAUGAUUUUACUCCUUGCAAAGAAAAUUAAAUAUGAAAAUAAAAAAUAAAAUAAAAGACAAAAUGGACACCACUUUGUCGAGGAAACCUCCUCAUAUCAGUCCUGGGUUUCUCAUCGUGAAGCAGAUCAUUUUUGUACAAGCAUGAUGGAACUUGGCUUUAGCGGAAAUUCAGCGACAUGCUACAGCCUGUGAGACACAAAUAUUCUACAUUACGUAUUUUUUUUAGAUAUUGGACCCCGGUGAGCAGGCCUCCACUAACACACUGACUAAUUACAUGGUUUCUUUUAUAUUUACAAAAUCUUUAAAAAGCAAUUUAUUUCUCUACACGUAUGACUUCCCGAAUUUUUCCUCAUGCACUAAAAGAAGAAAGGAAAAGAAAAGGAAAAAAAAAAAACGCAGUCUACUUGUUAAAAGCUCUGUUUCACGGUGGAAUAAAAGUUAGAAGCUAUCGGUGAGUUUAGCUGCAAACGGAUCUAAAAGCAUCAGCAAAGAACAGACAGACAUCAGGAAAACCAACAUUAUUUUCCUUUUUAAAAGCCCGAGAGGAAACGAAAAAAAUAAAAUAAAAUAAAAAGUGCAGGGUUGGCUUCCUCACUCAGUUCAAAACAAAUGUAGGCCAAGUUUUCCUGGGAAUUAAAAUAUAAUAAAUUAAAAAAAAAAAAAAAAAAAA